AUGUCGGAGAUGGCAGAAAGUGGUGUGAAGAGUCAGACAGUGGCCAUGGAUGCCAGCCCCGGUGAAUUCCCCUACGUGGUGAAGCUUAAUUUGCUGGAUGAGACGUACCCGAAAACGGUUCCAGGACUUGUUGUCAGUGGCAGAUAUCUCCUGACUUCAAAUGAAGCAAACGUUAACGGAAAUGUUUCGAACAUGGAAAUCAUCGACCAGCUGGGCGUGUUUCGAACACCUUUUAAGAUUCAGCAAAUUGUUUCUGCCCUAUUCACGUACGUCAAGUUUUGCAGAAUAUUCAGAGGCACAAAGUUUCCCAUGACGGCGUCGCUUUUUAACGACCUCUCAACAAACGUUAGCGCAACGGUGAUUUUUUUCAAUAACACCUCGCCCGUACCGAGGAAGGUUGCUGCAAUUGCAUAUGACUCCGUGACUUGCGAUACCGCAGAAAAAUUUGGAGAUACCACUAAAAAAAUUUGCAUGAAGAAGGAUGACACCGUGGGAUUUUGCACGAUAUUUACCGACAGUUCGUCUGGCCCCACUACCACUUACCAGUGGUAUCUGAUGUUAGCGAUCAAUGGCCAAGUGCAAGGCGUUAACGCUAACAUUUGGUGCAAUGCCAAUGGUGACAUGGGUGGCCACUUUCUGUUUGAUAACAUCAAUUCCUACCGCAGCGACAUAAUAAAUGCCAUCCCCAGUGUUGACAUCAAAUAA